AUGCCGAUGUACGGAGACUUAGGCAACAAAUUGGUCCAACAUGCAAAACGGACACAGAACUUGACGCAUCUGCCGCCAUAUCAAACUGAACUUGUCCGUGCCGUAACUCGAGAGGUCCGGGAUCUGGACAAGGACGUGGCGAGCUUGCUUGAGCCGUUCCAAGGGUCAUUCGACCCGUCCACCGACCAGGCCACGGCAUGCACCCUAUUAGUCAACCACCUGUCCAUGCGCAGGAACAAGCGCUGCCUUCUUGCCUACCACCGGACGCGUACCGACAAGCUGGAGGAGCUGGUUUGGAACGGAUCCGACGUUCUCGACCUCGCCGGCCAACAAGCAGGCGGCGUUAAUGGCGCUGCUGCGGACAGCGGAGCUGGUAGCAGUCUUAGCCCACAGGAGGAGGACUAUUUUCGACAAUACGGGGACCUGUUAUCAGCAUAUAAGGGGCAAUGGACCGACAUUGAUUUGACGGGGAGCCUCGAGCCGCCAAGGGACCUGUUCAUCGAUGUGCGGGUGCUCAAAGAUGCGGGAGAGAUCCAAACAGAAUAUGGUGCUAUCAACUUGACGAAAAAUAGCCAGUUCUAUGUCCGGCAAGGCGACGUGGAGCGAUUAAUAGCCCAAGGCUACCUGCAAAAACUUGGUUGA